AUGGCCAUUCAGCCAUGGGCAGAAGAGUCUUUGCUGCCUGCGAUCGCCUUCAUUUUCACAAUGCAGUCACUGGAAGGUAGCCAAGUCACCGGAAUCAGAGUUGUUGAAAUAAAAAACCAUUCGGCCAUUACAGAGUUUAUCUUAGUGGGUCUCACCAAUUCCCCUGAACUACAGGCACUUCUCUUCUGGGUGUUUGCAUUCAUCUAUGUUACAGCUCUAGCUGCCAACUUCAUCCUCAUUGCUACCAUAUCUACUUUCAAGAAGCUCCACACACCCAUGUACUUCUUCAUAUACAAUCUGUCCUUAGUAAAUAUAUUUUCUAUUUCAGUUACAACUCCUAGGUUACUCCAUAGUCUUUCCACCAACAGAAAAACAAUUUCAUUUUAUGGCUGCAUCACACAGGUAUUUUUCAUUAUAUGGGCCUUGGGAUCAGAAAUGCUUCUUCUCUCAUUUAUGGCUUUUGACCGCUAUGCUGCCAUCUGCCAUCCUUUGCAUUACACUGUUAUCAUGAAGAAAGAAGUAUGUGUCAGCAUGGCAACCUUUGUAUGGAUUGUUGGAAUGAUAGACUCUGCCAUACAUGCUGGACUUAUGCUGCAGCUUUCUUUUUGUGAUUCCAAUGUCAUCAAUCAUUUCUACUGUGAUAUACCUCCAAUAUUAGAUCUUGCAUGUUCGGACACCAGUAUAAAUGAGUUUAUGACCAUGAUUGCAAAUGUAGUGUUUGGGAUUUGUAGUUGUGGGUUGACUCUAGCAUCCUAUGUUUUUAUACUGAGAACCAUCUUCAAGAUCCGUUCUGCUGAAGGAAAGAAGAAAGCAUUCUCCACAUGUUCCUCACAUCUCUUUGUAGUCAGUUUUUACUUUUCUGCACUCAUCUACAUGUAUAUCAGGCCCUCUUCAGUCUAUUCUCUAGACAAGGACAAGCUUGUUUCUCUCCUUUAUUCAGUGAUAACUCCAGUUGUCAAUCCACUCAUAUAUUCUUUGAGAAACAAAGAUUUUAAAGAAGGAAUGAAAAUGGUCACUGGAAAUCUCAGGCUGCUUCUAAGACCUUAA